GGGCCUCCUGCUUGAGGCCUUCUCUGGAGCACCAUGCAGGAGAAUUAUGAGACGCUCAUCUCUCUGGCAGAAGAGAUGGCGAUUAGCCUGCCUCGGAUCACUGCGCUGGCUGAGUCCCACCGGAGAGGGUUGGCAUCAGGAUUUCCACUUUCUAAACCUGACCUGCUCUCUUGGAUGGACCGAGGGGAGGAUCUGUGGGUUCCAGACCUUCAGGAGUCCGAGGGCAGGGAGAUACUGAAGGAGGCCAGCCCAGGUGAUGAUCUGAGGAGAAAGAAUGAGGGGGAUCUUCCUCAUCCAGAGGCUCCCAGCAAGACAGAGUUGAGAACCGUGGGCAUCUCCAACCCCCUGUUGCCUCAUGGGAAACCACCGGCAGGCGAGAGGGGACACCGGUGUUCUGAUUGCGGCAAGAGCUUCAGCCAGAAGUCCAACCUCCUGAGGCACCAGAGACUUCACUUGGAUGAGAGGCCCCACAAGUGCGACGGAUGCGAGAAGAGCUUCUCCGAGGCUGAGGCUCUCGCCAAACACCGCAAGUGCCACGCGGGCGACAAGCCCUACAAGUGUGAGGACUGCGGGAAAAGCUUCAGCUGGACCUCCCACCUGGAGAGACACCGGAGGAUCCACACGGGGGAGAAACCCUACAAGUGCAAAGAGUGUGGGAAAGCAUUUAGCGUCGGGUCACACCUGGAGAGGCACCGGCGGAUCCACACAGGGGAGAAGCCCUACCAAUGCAAAGAGUGCGGGAAGAGCUUCACUGUUAGCUCCACCCUGGUCCAGCACCAGAGGACCCAUGCCAACGACAAGCCCUAUCAGUGCGAGGAGUGCGGGAAGGGCUUCAACGUUAGCACUAACCUGGUGGCUCACCAGAGGAAGCAUCAGGGCCAGAAGCCGUACGAGUGCCUGGAGUGUGGGAAGAGCUUCAGCUUCACUUCCCACCUGGAGAGACACCAGAGAAUCCACACAGGAGAGAGGCCGUAUCAGUGCACGGACUGUGGGAAGAGCUUCAGCCGCAGCUCCCACCUCUACAGGCACCAGAGAAUCCACACAGGGGAGAAGCCACGCCAGUGCAUAGAGUGCGGGAAAAACUUCUACCUCAGUGUGGCAACCCUCCACCACCUCCAGACUUCCCCAAAUGGGGGCAGGGACCCCACGAAAUGCGCAGAAUGUAGCCGCAGACGGGCUGUCCCUGAGCCCCCGCCUCCGCCCUCGCCACCAGUUAGCAGCGAGAAACCUUAUAAGUGCCCGGACUGUGGAAAAGGUUUUGGUCAGAGUUCGUCGCUGGUGAAGCAUCAGAGAAUCCACACAGGAGAAAGACCUUACCAGUGCCCGGAGUGCGGGAAAAAGUUCAGCUGGUGCUCCGCUCUCAUCAAGCACAAGAGAAUCCACACGGGAGAGAAGCCAUACCGGUGCGAGGAGUGCGGCAAAGCCUUCAGCGUCAGUUCCCACCUGGAGAGGCACCAGCGCGUGCACUCCCCCGACAGGCCGCACAAGUGCACCGAGUGUGGGAAAACCUACGGAGAGCUGGCGUCGCUGGUGAAGCACCAGAAGUCCCACGCAGCCGAGAGCAAGCGCUAUCGGUGCUCCGAUUGUGGGAAGAGCUUCAGCUGGACGUCCCACUUGGAAAGGCACCGGAGAAUCCACACCGGGGAGAAGCCGUAUGAGUGCGGGGACUGUGGGAAAAGCUUCAGCGUCAGCUCCCACUUGGACCGGCACCGGAGGAUCCACACCGGGGAGAAGCCGUACCGCUGCAACGAGUGCGGGAAGAGCUUCAGCGUCAGCUCCACCCUCCUCCAGCACCAGAGAACCCACUCCAGCGGGAAGCCCCACAAGUGCAAGGAGUGUGGGAAGCGGUUUGUGGCCGGCGCUCAGCUGCUCACGCACCAGCGGACCCACCGGGGCGAGAAGCCCUACGACUGCACCGUCUGUGGCAAGAGCUUCAGCUUUGUCUCUCACCUAGAGAGGCACCGGCGGGUCCACACGGGCGAGAAGCCUUACCAGUGCCCCGAGUGCGGGAAGUGCUUCAGCCGCAGCUCCCACCGGAACCGCCACCAGCGCACGCAUUCGGCUGACCGGCCCUUGAAAGGAGGGGCACGGGGAGGGACCGAGGCGGGCAAAGGCCUCUCCUCAUCCUCCGGCGCUAAGCACCCCAAGGAGCCGCUGCCCGCUCUUUCGGAACCCCCCCUCUCACUUGUGCCGCCCUGGUGGAGCGAGGGGGACAGGAACAGCAGCACCCCAGUCGCUGCCACGUGGCCCGAGGCCCUCCCAACUCCCUUCCAAGGCCCCGUCCCCAGUGCCUCCCCAGCUGGGGGGCUGCGGGGGUGGGGCAUGAAGGGGUUCUUGCCUCCCGAUCCGUGGAGGCUGGGGGAGAGCAGCUCCAGCUGGGCAUCUGCCCUGACCCACGAGGGCUGGCCCCAGCCCCCCACCACGUCAUGA